UUCACAGGUCGUCUGGUGGGUGCCCUGGAUGCGGUGUUGGAUUCCAAUGCCCGAGUUGCCCCAUUCCGGAUAUUGCUUCAGGUCCCCGGAUCUCAAGUUUACUCGAGCAUUGCUUGUGGGGCCACAAUGGAAGAGAUCACACAGCACUGGGAUUGGCUGGAACAGAACUUGCUUCACACUUUGUCCGUGUUUGACAACAAAGAUGACAUAGCUAAUUUUGUCAAGGGAAAAGUAAAGGGUCUUAUUGCAGAGGAAGCUAGCAGUAGGUUGGCUGAACAGGAGGAAGAUCCUGAAAAGUUCCGUGAGGGUUUGGUCAAGUUUGAGAGCAGAUUCAACUUUCCAGAGGCAGAGAAGCUGGUGACCUUUUAUUCAUGCUGCUGUUGGAAAGGCCGAGUGCCACGCCAGGGCUGGCUGUACCUAAGCAUCAACCACAUAUGUUUCUACUCCUUCUUUCUGGGAAAAGAAUUGAAACUGGUGAUCCCUUUGGUUGAGGUCCAGAAACUUGAAAAGACAUCCAAUGUUUUAAUGGCAGACAUCAUUGUGGUCCAUGCACGAGGAAAGGAGCGAGAAUUUUCUAUGUUCCUUGAUAUCAGUGAAGUAUUCCAAAUAAUGGAGCAGCUUGCCGAUGUGACGGUCAGAAGACUGUUGGAUAAUGAAGUAUUUGAACUGGACCCAAAUUUGCAACAGUCCACACAAAUAACAAAGAGGGAUCUGGAAGCAAGAGCACAAAAAGAGUUUUUCCGGGCCUUGUUCAAACUGCCAAGAAAAGAGAAGCUAUACGAUGUUGUGGAGUGUUCACUGUGGACUCCCUUUAGCCGAUGCCAUACACUAGGCAGGAUAUAUGCUUCUGACAGCUACCUCUGCUUCGCCAGCAAAGAAGAUGGAUUAUGUAAUGUUAUUAUUCCUUUGAAGGAGGUAGUGAGUGUGGAGAAGAUGGAGGACACCAGCCUUCUGCCUAAUCCCAUUAUUAUCAGCAUAAGGCAGCAGAUGGCUUUCCAGUUUAUCGAGCUGAAAGACCGAGAGAGUCUGGUUAAUAGUUUACUCCUCAGGCUUGAACAGGUCAACUCCAACACAGUGUCCACGAAAAAACAGAGAUAUGGUUUUCAGUACGGAAGGCUUUGGAAAUAUGAACAUUAUGGUAAACCAAAACAUGGAAAGUGGAAAUGAGAAGGAGAAGUCGUCAACAAAUGGAGAAGCUUUUAUGACUACUUUUCAUCAGACAGGAACUGAGAGCCCGAACACUGAACUGACUCGGGAACAGAUAAAAGAGCGUUUGUGGAAGGAUCAUUUUGCUGAGUAUGGGAGAACUGUUUGUAUGUUCCGUACAGAAAAGAUCCGAAAGCUUGUUGCUAUGGGAAUACCCGAAUCCUUGCGAGGGGAACUAUGGCUCAUCUUCUCUGAUGCAGUAACAGACUUUGCCACUCACCCAGGGUACUACAACAAACUGGUGGAGGAAUCAAUGGGCAGGUGCUGCAUUGUGACUGAUGAGAUAGAACGUGAUCUCCACCGUUCGCUACCGGAGCAUCCAGCCUUCCAGAAUGAAACUGGCAUUGCUGCUCUCAGGAGAGUACUCACUGCGUAUGCCUACAGGAACCCCAAAAUAGGAUACUGUCAGUCUAUGAAUAUCCUGACUUCAGUUUUACUUCUGUAUGCCAAAGAGGAAGAGGCAUUUUGGCUGUUGGUUGCUGUGUGUGAAAGGAUGCUGCCUGAUUACUUUAACCAUAGGGUCCUUGGAGCCCAGGUUGACCAGUCUGUCUUUGAAGAACUAAUACAAGAGAAACUUCCUGAGCUGGCUGAGCAUAUAACUGACUUGUCCACACUGGCUUUCUAUAUCUUUGUCAUGGUUUCUCACCUUAUUCAUCAGUAUUAUGCCCCUGCAGAGUGCAGUGAAUGUUGUGGACUGUUUCUUCUUUGAUGGCAUUAAAGCCAUUUUCCAGAUUGGACUGGCCGUUCUAGAUGCUACCGCUGUGGAGUUGUGCAACAGCAAAGACGACGGGCAAGCCUUAACGAUUUUGAGCAGGUUUUUAGAGCAUGUCAGGAAUGAAGAGAGUCCCUUGCCACAGACUGGAAACUGGCAUAGUAUGCUAAAUAAUGAGCAAGAGGCCUAUCCAAUUACAGAAAUUUCAGAUUUAAUAAGAGAUUCAUAUGAGAAAUUUGGCAACAAUUCUGUGGAACAAAUUGAGAGUUUACGUUGUAAGCAUAGGACCCGUGUACUCCAAAACCAUGAGGACACUACAAAGCAGAAUGUUCUUAGAGUUGUUGCACCAGAUGUUUCAUUUCUUCAUGAAGAUUUAGAAGACCUGUAUGACAUGUUUAAGAGGGAACAUUUCAUCUGUUGUUACUGGGAAGGGAUGUCUUCAUCACUGGCACGCCAUGACCCCAGCAGACCCUAUGCAGAACAGUACAAAAUUGACAGUCGUCAGUUUGUGACACUGUUCAGGCUAUGUUCACCCUGGGCAUGGGGUCCUCACAUAGAGGUUCUAGCUACAAGGAUGUUCCGUCUGCUUGAUGAAAAUCAGGACCAGCUCAUUGAGUUCAAGUCAUUUGCUUGGUGUUUAGAUAUCAUAUACAAUGGUGAGAUGAAUGAAAAGAUCAAACUGUUGUACCGACUUCAUAUACCACCAGCUCUUACAGAGAAUGAUCAUGACUGUCAGUCACCCCUAAAAGGACCACUUCUAUCCACUACAAGACCACUGAAGCUUACAAAAGCAAAUGGAGAGGAAAAAGACUACCAGAAACAACUAAAGCAGAUGCUUAAAGACUUGGCCAGAGAGAAGGAGAAGAACACUGAAAAGGAAAUACCCAAAAUGAUCCAGAGAGAAUUUAUCCAAUUCUGCAAAACUUUAUAUAGUCUGUUUCAUGAAGACCCGGAGGAGAAUGACCUGUACCAAGCCAUUGCCACAGUAACAACACUGUUACUUCAGAUUGGAGAGGUUGGGCAGCGAAGCAUUAGUAUAAGUUCAGGAAGUGCCUCCGAUGAAUUUAUUGAUUCAGAGAACGGUGCCUGCUCUUCAGAUCAAGACUGUGUUUUCUCUGAGACUGCUAGCACUCCAACACAUCCUACUCCAUCCCUGCCACUAAGUGAAGCAGACUGGGUGGUGUCCUUUGAACACAUACUGGCAUCUCUCCUGACAGAGCAAUCACUGGUGAACUUUUUUGAGAAGCCAUUGGAACUGAAACCAAAGUUAGAAAGUGCAAAGAUCAAUCCAUACAGCCUCAGAAUUAAUGGGACAAGCCAGCAGCCCUCCAUGUUAUGCUGA